CAACGCCUUCAUCAAUUCUCUUUCUUACUAGAAAAAAACAUCUUCAUACACACUAAGAAUCACAUUCACACUUCCCUAAAUACCUCUCAGCAUACUUCAAAUUCACCGAUUUGGACUGCCACUGAGAUAGCUGACUCUGUCAAUGGCAAAUUACUCAAAAGGUGUCCUCCAGGCAUCAUUUGUACGGACACCAGAGCCUUACAACCUAACACAAACCAGUGGUUUUUUGCCAUCACAGGCCAACACUUUGAUGCUCAUGACUUCAUUUCUCCCCAGUUGUAUGGUAAAGGCUGUGUUGGCGUCAUUGGGAACCGUGUAUGCGAGGGCUGGGACAAGGGUUUUAUUCGAAUUGAAGGGAAUGGCAAUAUUAACACUGUUGAUUCAUUGAUAAAUAUGGCUUCUUAUGCAAGAAAUAAGUGGUUUAAUGGUGUUUUAGUUGGGGUUACCGGGAGUGUAGGAAAAAGUACAACUAAGAGUAUGAUAGCUUUCGUUCUUGAGAGUUUAGGAGUUAAUGUCUUCAAAAGUUAUGUGAAUUGGAAUAACAGAGUUGGUGUUGCUUUAAGUUUGAUUGGGAUGUUUAGGAAUGUUGAUAUUGCCGUUUUGGAGAUGGGAAUGAGUAAAAAGGGGGAGAUAUUGGAGCUAGCAAGGAUGACAAGACCAGACAUAAGGAUGGUUUUGAAUGUGGGUGCUUCGCAUUUGGAGAGUUUGGGGAGUUUAGAGGAGGUAGCAAUGGCCAAAGGUGAGAUAUUUAGGGAAGCCAAGUUGGGGGAUGUCUAUGUAUUGAAUGCUGAUGAUCCUCUUGUUUCAGCCCUUCCAGUGCCCCAUGGUGUUAGGAAGGUGUUGUUUGGCCAGAGAAUGGGGUGUGAUGUUCGUUUGGUUGCAGCUGAAACUGCAGAUGAAGGUCUUGGAGUUCGAGUUGUUUUGGACAAAGAGAAAGAGAUGUAAUUGUUCAUGGUGAAAUUUGUGAUUCCUAGUCCAGGUCUGCAUUUGGCCCUCGAUGCAUGUGCAGCAGCAGUGGCAACUCUCUUUGGGCUUUCUCUUGCUGAAGUUGGAAAAUCUUUUUCGAAAUUUGUUCCUGUGCAGAGGUCAGAGCUUCAAGUUGCCAGUAAUGGCAUCAAGAUAGUCAAUGAUGCUUACAAUGCCAAUCCCAUGAGCACCAGAGCUGCCAUUGACUUGCUAAAAAGUAUUGCUUGUGAUGGUAAAAGAGUCGCUGUUUUAGGCGACAAGUUGGAACUUGGCUCAAUCAAGACAGAGUCUCAUGAGGAAAUAUUAAGUUACUGUUGUGAUUCCAAUAUUGAUUUAGUUGGCCUUGACAGAUUUCUUACAGCAGCAAAGAAUAUGAAUCUAAAUAGAGUCAAAAAAAUUGUACAUACCAAUGAUGCUGAAGUCCUUGCGCAGAAAAUUGUGAAGAGAUUAAAAUUUAAUGAUGUUAUUCUGAUGAAAGGUAGUCGUGCAAUGCAGAUGGAAAAAGUGGUCGAUGCAGUUAAUGAAAUGGAUAUAUACAUUCCACCACAAGAGUUAUGAGAAGGGCUUUGAAACUUCAUUUAGGUCUGGCUCUUUCCUGUUUUUGUUACUAACAUUUCAUUGGCAUGAUAGUUCUCUGGGUUGGCUCUGACCAGAACAGGGUCACCUUGUGAGAAAUUUUUUUUCUUAUUCAUAUAAGAAACAUGUUCUAAAAUUUUGUGUAGCUUUUAUUUUAUGGUUCACACUCAAAUCUUUAUAAGUUUUCUCUAUCUUUGCUGAUGACUUUUGUUAGA